GCAACGCGCAUUCGCGUCGUUGCGCGCGCAACCGUUAGACGUGUGGAUUAUUAUAUUUUGUGUUUGUGAAAUUUAUUUCGUACAACUAUGGCUCCAAUUUCCAACGGUGUCGUGGGAAUAGAUGAUGAUCAGCGUUUUGCAUUAAUGAAGUUUCGGAGGAGCGUUAAAGAUGUACUCAAGCCCGAACAUAAUGAUCAUUUUUUGCUGAGAUGGCUUAGAGCGCGACAAUGGGAUCCCGUAGCAGCGGAGAAAAUGCUAAGAGAUUCAAUGAAAUGGCGGGAAAAAUGGGGUGUAGACACAACCCUGUCGUCAUGGCAGCCACCAGAAGUUCUCUUAAAACAUUUCCCUAGCGGCACUACGGGUUUUGACAAAGAAGGAUCACCAAUUAUAAUAGUACCAUUCGUCGGACUUGAUGUUUGGGGCUUACUGCACUCCGUAAGCAGGACCGAUCUACUUCGAAUGAUAAUACGGCAUUUAGAGAACUAUUUGGCUAUGGGCAGGAAACAGGCUCUGACGCAUGGACCCGCUGCCUUAAAGGUGACAGUAAUAUUUGACUUGGAAGGUUUUAACAUUCGUCAAUACGCGUGGAAACCCGCGGCUGAAAUGGUCUUCACCUUACUGCAGAUAUAUGAAGCGAACUACCCCGAGAUAUUGAAGACCUGCUUUUUAAUUAACGCGCCGAAAGUCUUUUCUCUCGCAUUCUCUGUGGUGAAGAAGUUUAUGCAUGAGUACACGAUUUCGAAAAUAAAGAUAUACGGUACGGACCCGAAGAAAUACCAACCCCAUAUAUUGGCUAUCAUUGGCAAAGACCAGCUUCCGGCUCAUUUUGGCGGGAACUUAGUCGAUGAAAAUGGCGACCCGAGGUGUAGCUCUAUGGUUAAACCAGGAGGCAAAGUUCCUAAGUCUUACUACACGCGUAAUGCAUCUGAAGAAGACGCAGAGAGCAAGUAUACCAAAGUGACCGUGAAGACCGGAGAGAAGCACAUCGUAGACCUUCUGUGUCCAGACGAUACGGACGAGAGCCUCCUGAAGUGGGAUGUCGGCGUAGAAAAUCAUGACAUUAAGUUCUCAAUUAAAAGACGCGAUCAGGAAGGAAACGAGACAGUAGUGGAGGGACCCAGGAAGAUCACCGAGGGACCUGCGGAUAUUGGAGUCAUGCCAGUCACUGGACCUGCCACUUAUUCCGUGGUAUUUGACAACAAGAGCUCAUUCCUGCGGAGUAAAAAGAUCUUUUACGACGUUCUUAUUUCUAUACCGAGCAGAGAUCUGAACAUGACAGACAUGCCGGAAGAUAUUGACACUCCUUCUAGCUCUAAUGGGCUGUAGGUGGCUUAUGGCUAUAGGAGUAUACACUAAACAGCCUGUUUUACAAACUCUCUAUGUGGAUUUAAGACUUAUUAAUACAAAUAGGGCAUUUAUAUGAUGUUUAAACUAAGUGUUUUAUAUAAAGUUAACGCGCGAGUUGAGUGCAUUCGGGUCCUGGGGUUGACUCACCUCGCGCGCCUACUGUGUAGUGUUGUGCCGUGGUCGUCGAUUACCGUGUUUUUGCGCUAAUGCAAUUUUUUUUUUAUUGUAAUAAUGACUGAUCCGAGCCCAUCAGGUUCAGUUCCAAAAAAAGUGUGUGUGGACUUAAGUAUGUAUGCUCACAAGAAGUUAUACUUCUUUAGCCAAACAAAGCAAAAAUCCUUUAAAUUAUUUAUUCCUCGUGCUAUUCUACGUUUCUAGAAAGAACAAUAUGAAACAAGAAGAAACCAAAAAAAAAAUAACGAAUGUCGCAAACGUCAGAAAAUGUUAUGAACCAACUUCACCCUACUUUACUUUUGUGUUACAGUGAUGCGCGCGCAUCUUAAAAUUUCACUCUCAUCAAAUAUAUUUUCAUAACGCGCCUAAAGAAGUAUAACUUCAAAAAACGAGUUUUUAUUCAUCGCCAAGCACGAGAAAUGGCGAAAAAUGUUUUAGAGAUGUGUGUGGAAGAAAGGCAGAACAAAAAUAUGAUAUUUAAGUAUUAGUUUAAAAUGGUAAACUUAAAGCAUUGUUUAAACUUAUCGACACACGCAUGAUUAUGGUCAUCAAUUAUAAUUAGGUCACAUCACUAUCGCAUUUCUCAACUCUGCAUUCAACUCGCGCUUAUCUGUAGAUACUUAUAUAGUUAAUGAGACAAUAAAUUUGUAAAAAUUGAAAACAGUGGGUAUUAAGUACAUUUUGUUACGCAUAUCUUAGGACUACAUUGUUUACGAUUGAAGUGUAGGUAAAUAUUUUCUCAUUAGAAUGAGAAUUGUUAUAGAGAAAUUAAAUCACAAAAUAUUAUUAAGAUAUAAGUAAAUAUAAAAACUGUUAAAUAAUUGAAACGCUGUGGUUGGGGCUUUUAGACUGUAAGUUAUUAAGUAAGUUUCACAAAAAAAAUGACUUAAAUUAUAAUACCAACAUAUGUAAUCGGCCUAAGUGUGCAAUAAAUUAAACCUAUGUAGCUUUAGAGACCCCGCAAACUGCAGACUUUCGAUCGGCCCAGAGUUUGGUUGAGUUCGGCUGUUAAGUGUGCACACUGGCCCGACUAAACAGUUGGGUCUGUGAUGAGUGCGCAUACUAAACAACUAUCGGCCGACAGUUUUAGGGACAGUUCGCUAUUAGUUUUAAAUCGGCUAUUGAUGAGUCUGGCCGACUAAACAAUCGGUGGUGUGCGCGCCUAGAAGAGCGCUGUACUGAUUUAACAGUCGGUCGAUAAUUUGCUGACUUGUUCAGUUUGAAGGCAACCGUGUAGCCCAUCAAACUUUUUUGUUGGCCGAUACCGAAUCGUUAUAAUGUGCGCACUCUCAUACAUUUUCAUACUGAUUAAGAUACAAUCCGAACUAUCGGCCGAUCUAAAGUCUGCAGUUUGCGGGGUCUCUUUCUUAUAUUACAAUGACACCAAGUGAGUUCAUAUGCCGAGAACUGCUACUACAAUUUGAGGAGAAUACCCAGAUCACCAUACACCCAUACACGGACAUGGGAAAAGUUAGUAGGCAACAACCAUUUUGUCUUUUUCGUAAUUGGUACGUGGUUUCUUUUCUAGGUCAUCCAGACUCCCGACUCCAGAGCGCUUAGUUACGUUCUGCGCGCGCAGUCGUGUUUUUUUCGUUUCGUUUCGUGCUGUACGUUUAUUUACCAACGACUGUUUUGUAUUCUAUAGUGGACAUUUAUUUCGAGUCUUUGUGACAUUGGCAAUAUUAUUUCGGAUUUUAUUCAACAGAGCUGCGUGCGAAACCAACGAAUGAUAACACAAUAGUUUUACUUGUAUAAUUUUUGACAUAAUAUUUUUGAAUGUAGACCAAACUCCAUACAUUUUUCGGGCAUUCUCCUUUGUUUAAAAUCUUCAUUAGAAUACAUAUUAGCACUUUUGGGUUUGGAGUUGUAAUGUUACUUAUAUUUAAAAAAAACUAGAAAUGUUUAGUUAGUAGGUAAUUUUAAACAGGGAAAGGAACCUAUUCAUAAAUGAAAAGGCCGUGAAGUUAUAAUUUCUAUACUCAACAGCUCAGAAUACAGGACAAUGCAUAAGGAGUUUUGAAUCACAUUUGUAUUCAUCGCUCGCCUGCACAGUGUUACCAGUGUACGAUGACUUCACCACUUUCCGGUUACAAUUGAAAUUGUAUAUAGGUUACUAUAAGUAAUUAUGAAGUCACUUAAUAAAAACUUUAAAAAAGAGAAAUGAAAGUAUGUAAGGUACCUAUGGAUUUUGAUUGAUUGACAAUAUAAUAUAAGAAACUUAUACUAUAGGUACAUUGUUUAUACUGUCUCACUAUUGAUAGUGUUGACGGUUUCUGGUUUGUUCUGUACUCUGAGCUCAAAAGCUAAAUAAAGUAGAUUGGCAGCCCAUUAUUAAUGAUAAUGAUUAUUGAUCUUAACGCUUAACGCCACUUCUCUUGAUUUAACCUCAACGUUUGUCGGUUGAUGACUGACAUAAAAAAAUAUAAUUGAUAAUAUGCUGAAACAAAGCAAAGCUUUAGCCUGUGAUAAAUAUAUUUUGGGGCGACAAAUGAUAGAAUAAAAUUAAGAGAAUACUAUUGAAGGAUUAUAUUAUGCAAAGCGGAUGUUAAUACUACAUUAUAAUAUUAUGAAGCACAUUUGUGUCUAGAUUUCUAGACAAUACGCAAGUGUUGCCCAUCUCUUAAGAGCUUUUUUGCCAUUAUUUCACAAAACUAACGAGCUGAUGAUGCAAGUUUUCAACCCCUGAUUUGAACUCUUUUUGGCAUUAUUUACAAUUACCAAUCACCGAAAUAAGGGAACUGUUAACUGUAAAAAAUUACAAGGAAGUACCUAUGCCAACCUCAUGGGAAGUUAAAAUAAUAUUUUAUGGGUAUUUUAGGUUGAAAACUUUAACGUAAACAUAACAUUAGUACAAAAGUGCCUACUGCUAGCUAGAUGCUAGCAGUAGGUACUUUUAAUUGGUGAUAUUUUUAGCGUUUGCUGCUUGGGCUUGUGAUAUGAAGUUGCUUGCUAUGAAAGAAUGUAUAAGUAUAAAAAUAGGGAAAUACACUAGAAAAAUUAACAAUCAAAUAUACCUAAUCUUUAGGUAGUAAUAAUAGAUGCAAUGAAUAAUAAACUGUUGUAGUUUAUAUAUUGGUAACUGAAAUAUUACCUUUAUGUAAUUUUCUUUAAGAACAUAGAGAACUUAUAUAUAGUAGAAUGUAUAUAGAAAAUUCAUUUGAAAAUACACCAGAUACAAGGUGCUAAAGUACUAUUUAAAAAGUACUAUUUUUUUUUAUUUGAUGAAGAUAUGGUUAUGUUCUGACAUCAUUGCUUCUUCAUCCUAUCCUUACGAUAAUAUAAAGCAAAUGUCUUCUUGACCUUGUAAGUUGUUAUUGUUUUUUUGUAUCAGUUGGCAUCCUGAGAGUGUGCUCCUGAAAGAUUUAGGGCACCUAUAUAACAGUUAGAAGGUAUUUGUAGUGUCUUCAUAAUUAUAUUAUUUAAUUUUUUAAUGAAUAAUUAUUAAUUGUACCAUUUUUGCGUUUUGGAAAGGAAUAAAGGAAUCCCGAUCCAGAUGAACUUUGAAAAUUUUUUGCAGAUUCUGUGAUAAAAAAUAUCUUAUAUUAGAACAAUUAGUGUUAUUUCGGAUUUUUUUUAUUUAUUAAUUCCAUAUAAAAAAAUCUACUGCAUGCACACUUACAUUGAGAUUAAUAAUACAUAUUUUGACAUUAUUGUUUUGAUAUUACAUAGACUUUGGUCCUGUUGAAUUUAUAUUGAUUGGUUAUAUAAUAAAGAUAUCAUAUAAAUA